UCAUGACCUUCUUCGACCUGAAAACGUAGCGGCAGCUCUCCCUAGCGGUUAGCAAGCAGUUAGCAGCGAAGGGAGAGAUUGAGAAGUGAAAAGACAGGAAGGCCGUGGUACAUCGACGUCUCCGAUACUAGAUCUGCAGUGGCUACUGCUGGGGGGAUGUGUGCUGUGCCUUCAAGAUGAGUGUGAAGGCAUUUGAGCUGGUCCCUGCCGUGGAGCGGGAGCUCCUGAUGGGAGACAAGGCCCGCAUCAACAUUGAGUGCAUCGAGUGCUGCGGCAAGCACCUGUACGUGGGCACCAACGACUGCUUCAUACAUCACUUCCUGCUAGAGGAGCAUGCCACGACCAAGGGGAUGCUAUCCUACACCGUCCAGAAGCUGCUGUUCAAGUACCUGGGCCUGAAAAAGCCCGUGGAGGCCCUGAAGGCCGCGUCAGCGUUAGAACGCAUCAUUGUGCUCUGUGACGCUACAGUUAGUGUUAUUGACAUGAUCACCUUAGAACCUGUGCCUUCGGGCGGGGCCAAGAUUAAGGGCGUGGCCGCGUUCUGCGUCAACGAGAACCCGGUGAACGGGGACCCGUUCUGCGUGGAGAUCGGGGUACUCUCGGCCCGGCGGCGCACCGUCCAGAUAUACAUGGUUUACGAGGACAGGGUGCAGCUGGUGAAAGAGGUCAACACGCCGGAGCAGCCGUGUGCGGUCAGUCUGGACGGUUACUUCCUGUGCCUGGCCCUCUCCACGCAGUACAUGAUCCUUAACUACAGCACAGGGGCUGCGCAGGACCUGUUCCCCUAUGACAGUGAGGAGAGGAAGCCCAUAGUCAAGAGGAUCGGCAGGGAGGAGUUCCUCUUGGCUGCCCCUGGUGGCCUGGGUAUGUUUGCCAAUGCAGAGGGUAUAUCCCAGCGUGCCCCAGUGAACUGGUCAGAGAGUGUGAUGGGAGCGGCUGUGUGUUUUCCCUAUGUGGUGGCGCUAGACGAGGGCUUCGUCACCAUCCACAGUAUGCUGGACCAGCAGCUCAAACAGACCCUCGCCUUCAGAGACGGACACAUCCUACAGGACUUUGAAGGUAAGGUGGUUCUGGCCUCCACUAAGGCUGUGUACGUGCUGGUGCCCCUACCCCUGGAGAGACAGAUUCAGGAGCUGCUAGCUGGACACAGAGUGGAGGAGGCCCUGGCUCUGACUGAGGGAGCCAGAAGGAACAUUCCCAAAGACAAGUUCCAGAUAUUGCACAAAAGAAUCCUCCAGCAAGCAGGAUUCAUACAGUUUGGACAGCUUCAGUUUCUCGAAGCGAAAGAACACUUCCGGACGGGUCAGUUGGACGUCCGGGAGUUGAUCUCCCUCUACCCUCUCCUCCUCCCGGCCUCCUCCUCCUUCGCCCGCUGCCACCCACCUCUCCACGGGUUCGCCGACCUCAACCACCUGGCGCAGGGGGAUCAGGACAAGCUCCAGAGGUGCAAGAGGUUCCUCAUCACGUACCUGGGUGAGGUGCGAAGCACGGAGGGGGCUAACGGAUGCCGGGAGGACGUGGACACGGCUCUGUUGAAGCUGUACGCUGAGCAGGACCACGAGAGUCUUCUGGACCUGCUGGCCUCCCCCAACGCCUGUUUACUGGCAGACAGCGCCCCCUGGCUAGAGAAACACCACAAGUAUUUUGCACUAGGCCUCCUCUACCAUUAUAACGGACAGGAUUCAGCUGCUCUACAGUUGUGGGUGCGGGUAGUGAAUGGGGACCUUCAGGACUCUACCAGGUCUGACCUGUAUGAGUACAUUGUGGACUUCCUGGGUUUCUGUUCCAACCCGGACCUGGUGUGGAAAUAUGCGGACUGGGCCCUGCAGAGAGACCAGACGAUAGGGGUGCAGAUCUUCACCAGGAGGCCGGUGGGUCAGGACCAGGUUAAGGAGCAGAAGGACCAGGUGAACCCAGACGACGUCAUCACGUAUCUGGGGAAACACAGCCAGGCUCUGCUGCUCUACCUGGAACACCUGGUGCUGGGCCGACGGAUACAGAAAGAGAAGCUCCACACCCACCUGGCAGUGCAGUACACAGACAGAGUCCUGUCUCUCCUGUCUCAGUCCCCCCCAGUGGACCAACAGGUGUCUGUAGCCCGGGACAAACUCCAGCUCCUCCUCAGGGAGUCCAGCCUGUACCGCGUCCAACUACUACUGGGUGAGCUGUCCAUUGUCAUUGUGUCCCAAAUUACACCCUAUUCCGUAUACAGUGCACAGGGCUCAGGUCAAAAGUAGUGCACUACAUCAGGA